GUUCGUGUUGCAAGUGUUAAGCGGUUAAAAUAAGAAGAAAGAAAAAAGAAACGUAAAAGAAAAGAUUUGACACAAAAUAUUAAAAAACAAAAAUAGUUAUAUAUCAAUAAAAACAAAGAUUAUUUAAAAAGAAAAAAAGUAAUCAAUAAAAAAAAAUAUUUUUUAUAAAUUAUACAAAAAAAAUUAAAUAAAACAAAGUGUUAUUGAAGAAGUGCCUUGAAAAAUACACAACAACAUGUUUUUGUUACAUGUUUAAAGUGUGUGGGUCAAGUUUAUUAACCCACUUUACCUUUUAAAGGAUUUACAAUAAGAAACUGCAGCUGCUGGCCAAACAAACAAAAAACCAACAACAACAGCUCAACGACCUUAAAACCAUAAACUUGUGGUUUGCCAAAUGGUUGUAUUUGCAACAAACGCAACGUAAUAUUUCAACUGCAACUUAAGUCGCAAAUAUUUUUAGCAAUAACAAAAAAAAUGAUUUUACAUCUCCUGCAUGUGGAUUUUAAAACUCAAAAUUGUUUAGGCUUUUUUAGCUUUUCAUUGAUUUGGCUGUUAAUACUGCAUCAUCUGCACACUGCAAUAGGUCAUCCUGGUUGUGCCUUUCACGAUGGCGUUUCGGCGGAAAGUGAAGGUGUACGUUUCAUACGUCUACGUGAAGACGCUGAAACGGGUAAAGAAAUCCUAACACUUAAAGCCUAUCCACGUUCCAAAAUCGCUCUACAAUCUUCCGAUAAUUCAGGAGAUCAUAAAUAUUUUGCCAUACAUGAAUUGAAUACCACCUCAGUGGUAGUAACACUAACAAGAUCUCUGGAAGAUCUUGUUGACAGAGAUGUGCCAAAAAAUCUACUAAAAUUUCGCAUAAUAUGUGCGGCUAAAAAUGAAAAAUUAGAAGAGGGAAGCUAUCUCUCUGUAACAGUGUAUAUAGAAGAUGUUAAUGAUAAUAAACCAGAAUUUCUCAAUACACCCUAUAUAGUGGAUAUAGAUGAGAAUACACCACCCGGCACAAUAGUAUUUGAGGGUAUACAGGCAUUUGAUCGUGAUAAACCGAAUACUCCUAACUCGGAGGUACAUUUCAGUAUGUCUACUGUGCCGGAACAGUUGUCAGCCGAUGGUAGUCCUUAUUUUGCCUUGAAAAGUCCUCAUAGACCUUUGUUGAUUUUGAAAAAGGAAUUGGAUUUUGAUAAUGGCAUACGUUUAUUUAGUCUACCAUUAUUUGCCUGGGAUCGUGGCACUCCAGCAAAUCAGGUUAAUACUACUAUUACGAUAAAUGUUAAAGAUGUCGAUGAUCUGCCGCCCAAAUUUACAGAAGGUGUAUACCGUACAAAGAUCAAUGAAUUUUAUCCAAUGACGGGCAUGCCCAUAAGAAUUCCCUUGUAUUUUGAUCCACCUAUAAUGGCUUUUGAUCAGGAUUCUUUAAAUGCUACUUUAGUUUACGAUAUAAUAUCGGGCAAUGAACGUAAAUUAUUUCGUGUUAAUCCCCAUAAUGGCAUAAUGUAUUUGCAAAAGGAAAUCGAUUUGGAAGAGGAAAGUUUACCGGGAAAUACUUUUGUUUUGCAAAUUGAAGCUAGACAGAAGGAUAAUCCUUUAAAGAAGGCUUUGGCAAGAAUCGAAGUGGAAAUCCUUGAUCUUAACGAUAAUGUUCCCGAAUUUGAAGCUGAUUUUUACAACAUUUCUAUUGUGGAAAAUUUACCCACCGGCUUCAGUGUUCUGCAAGUCAAUGCUAUCGAUCGUGAUCAAGGAGAAAAUGCCGAAUUUCUUUAUAAUCUCAGAGAAGAACCUGAAGCUAGCGGAGCUUUUCGCAUUGAUUCUCGUUCCGGUUGGAUUACUGUACGCGAUGAUCGUUUAUUAGAUCGUGAACAACGUAAAUCGGUCCAUCUAGAAGUAGAGGCUCUGGAGCGUACACCCUCAUACAUGGAGGAUAUUAAUCUUAAGAGACCAGGACCGAGUAAAGUUAAGGUGGAAAUAACACUGCUCGAUCAAAAUGAUAAUACGCCAAAGUUUGAACAUGGAAACUUGUAUGAAUUUAAAGUACCCAUCACAGCCACAGUGGGUUAUGUGAUAGGUCAGGUUGUGGCAUUGGAUCCCGAUGAAGGUCCCAAUGGUAUGUUGUUGUAUGAGCUGCAAAGACCCAAGAAAAGUGGUUACAUACCAUUUCGUUUGGAUAAUAAAAAUGGUACCAUCUAUGUGGCUGGACCAUUGAGAAGGGGAAGAAUAGCGGUGUUUGUGGAGGCCAGUGAUCAGCCUUUAAAUCCUUCUGAAAGACGUUUCUCUUUGGCUGUUAUAACCAUUGAAGUUUAUGCCACCAUUGAUGAUCAGGCUAUAGAUUUUAUAGGAGCACCUUAUGAAUUUUGGGUAGGAGCUAGUGCUCCUUUGGGCACUUCAGUGGGCCAGGUGCGUACUACCCUAAUUUACGAGGGUGAAGAUGAAAUUAUGUAUGAUCUUUUGCAUACCUAUUCGGAAGGAGUACCCUUUGCCAUAGAAGAAAGAUCGGGUAUUAUUACAGUUAUCAGAGAAUUGUCAGAAUUCACUCGCAAAAUUUAUUAUUUUGAGGCAGUGGCUAACUAUCUUUUUGCCAACUCUACACAACCUUUAAAAAUGUCGCGCAGUUCUCAGCCCUUGACUACUGUACCGGCCCCCGAUUUAACCGAUGAAGGAGUGUUAAUAACAAAUGUUACCAUACAUGUGGUAACAAAACCUGAAGCUCGUAUUCCUCUUAGGCCAGUUAUAGAAGAAAUUAACAUGAACAUUAUAAAAUUCCACAUUGAAGAAAACAUAGUCGGAGGCAUAAUUGGCCAGUUAUUGUAUAAAAAUGGCAUAAAUAUUGUUAACAAUGAUUUGGAAUCCUAUAGAAGUCUUCCCGCAGAAACCAAUGUUACUCUAAAUUCCCGAUUUCGUAGCAGAAAUCAAAGACAACAAAUACGCAAACGUUUGCCUAGACGUUUAGUCCAGGAUAAUAAUAUAAAACUGCGCUAUAUUAUAGCCAAUCAGCAGGAAGUUAUUAAUAAAAUUACCAUAACCGAAGAUGGCACUUUGCUGACCUUAACCGGUUUGGAUCGAGAGCUAAAAGAUAAAUAUGACCUGACAGUUAUAGUGGAAUACACAACCGGUUUGGUGAGUGGUGCUGGUAUUUAUCAAGUAGAAAUUAAAGUUGAUGAUGUCAAUGAUAAUGCUCCAGAAUUUGGUGAUGUCACAUAUAUGGGUUUGAUUAAGGAGAAUAGCGCAAGAGGUUUGGAAGUGGCCCUAAACAAGCCUGUUCUUAUAUCUGAUAAAGAUUUGGGUAAAAAUGCUGAAUUUAAAGUGGUCUUACAAGGCGAUUAUAGUGAAAUGUUUAAAGUGGAACUGGUAAAUCAAGAUAAUGCCACCGUUUUAAAUACUCCACAAAUAUUUGAUGUCUAUAAUUUAACCGAACAAUGGAAAGAAGAUUUUAGAUAUCUGGAAAUGCAAACCGAUUUAAAACCCAUCAAUGUGAAAAUGAACAAUCAGCCAUUCUUCAAAAUUUCUUACUCAGGCAUUAAGCCUUUAGAUCGUGAAAAGGAACAAAUUUACUCCCUCAAAAUUUUAGCUGUUGACAGCGGCGGUCUAACUUCUUAUGCCAAUUUGAAUAUUCUUAUAGCAGAUGUUAAUGACAAUGCUCCCAUGUUUGAGAGGAUAUCAGUGUUCAAAGACUCCAAAGUGGAGAUAAGGGAAUAUACCAAUGAUAUGGAAAUAUAUUUUGUGGAAUCAUCUACCAAUCUAAUGCCUACCAUGGCUGCUUUGUCUUCAAAUAUAGUAAUUCCUCCCUAUUUCUUACCCGGUUCUCCCCGUUUGCAUACCGCAGAAGGUAGCUUCAAUAACACCCAAGCAGCAAGACCAAGAUCUAGAUCUAGAAUGCGUGCUAGAUCUAGGAUAACUAGAGCCAUGUUACCUUUACAUAAAUGUCCUUUAUUUGCCGUCUAUGAGGAUACUCCAGUUUUAACCAAAAUUCUGCAAGUUACCGCCACAGAUGAAGAUUUUGGUCGUAAUGCCCAAAUACAUUACGAAGUGACCGCGGAACAUGUAGAUCGCUUAACACCACUCCAAUUAAGCAAUAAACACCAUAAUAUUAAAUAUUUUGCCAUAGACAAAUUAACGGGAGAGGUAUUAGUGAACUAUCCCCUAAUAGCCAACGUUGAAAUUAUGCUGAAUAUCACCGCCUCCGAUAUUGAUAAUCUACAAGAUACUACCUGUUUACGAUUUGUGGUCAUAGAUGUUAAUAAUCAUGCUCCGGUCUUUAAGAAAUCUUGGUAUAGUUUUGAUACACAAGAGGGAGACUAUAAAGAUUCGGUAUUGGGUCAAGUGGUAGCGGUAGAUUUGGAUUUUGGCGAAAACUCCAAUAUUUCGUAUUCUCUCAGUGAAACAGAUUUGCCAUUUAGAAUUAAACCCGUAUCGGGUGUCAUUAAGAUAAUAUCAUAUUUGGAUAGAGAAAUCAGAGACAAGUAUACAUUCCAGGUCAUAGCCACAGAUAAUGCUGAGCCGUUAUACCGGCUCUCCUCUUACGUAGAGGUGGAGGUUAAUGUUUUGGAUUUAAAUGACAAUAAACCUGAAUUUAUUGGUUACGAUGAUGUUACCAAGGCUGAGUUAUAUAUACCAGAUGUAGCGGAUAGAACUAUGAAGGUGCCUUUGUAUAAGGCCUUCUUGGAUCGUAAUACCAAACCGGGCAUGUUUGUUAAACAAGUUAAUGCCAUAGACAAGGACUACAUAGGCAAUGGCAAUGGUUUGGUGUUGUAUUCUUUGUUGCAUCAAGAAGGUCAUGGAGUACCAGUGUUCCAUAUAGAUUCCCGGGAAGGUUCCAUUACCACCAUUAGCAAUUUUAAAGGCUACAAUGAUUAUGAACAUUUAAAUGUCACGGUCAUAGCUGCAGAUUUAGGCAGCCCUUCUCUAAGCUCCACGGCCAUAGUAUUGGUUAACCUGCAGGGUCAAGCAAUAAUAGAAACCACCACUCCUAAACCGGAAGAAGUUUUAAAUUUUCAAAAUGUUUCCCUAUUCCAACAUCAAUACUAUGAAAUACAACUAUUGGAGAAUAAUGAAGAACCCACCGAACUUUUGAAAAUAAACUUUACUAAGGAUUUUAAUCCAGAAUCAUUGCGCUGGUCUUUAUGGGUGGAGCAGGGUUUAGAAAACCAAGAAGAGAGUCAGGAACUAUUUGAAUUUGACGCCAAAACUUCAACUCUGUAUGCCUUAAAAUCAUUCGAUCGUGAACAAAAUGAUCAUUACCAAUUGCGUCUUAAAGGCGAGAAACCAAAUCGUGAGGCUCGAACAUAUACCCAUUUAUCCUAUCCCGUUAUCGAUGAACGUUUAGAGGGCUUGGAGAACAACGAAUGUCGUUUGGUGUUGAAAAUUCUAGAUGAAAAUGAUAAUGCUCCCAAAUUUAAACAAUCCGGUCAACCCAUCAUAUCUGUUGUACCUCGUUCAGCAACAUUUGGUUAUCCCAUUACUCGAGUUGAAGCUAUUGAUCCUGAUUUGGGCCUGAAUUCCGAAAUACGUUAUCGUUUACUCAAUGAACAUUCACAUCUUUUUGGUAUUGAUGAGACUACGGGCAAAAUUCGUUUGAUUGCCAAUAUAGAACCUUCCAAUGAUCGUGUUUAUGGUUUUGAUGUUAAGGCCACAGAUCGUGCUGGAGCUGAUGAUGGUCGCAGUAGUAUUGUAAAUGUUUUUGUUUAUAUUAUCGAUGAAAAGAAACAAGUGCGUAUUGUGGUGGCCGGCAAACCGGUAGAUGUGGAGAAGAAAAUCGAUGCUUUAAUGCAGGGCCUAAGUGAGGCCAUUGGUAUGGAAGUCAGAGUGCGUUUGUUGGAACCUCAUAUUGGUGGUUUGGAACCGGCCACCGAUGCCUAUAUUUAUGCCGUCGAUUAUCGCUCGAAUUCUGUAGUUGAAAUGGAACAGCUACAAGAAUCUCUGGCUGCCAUACAACUUGACACGCUACAACAUCAUCAACAACAACAACUUUUACAAAACAAUCCCAAUGGUCCCUGGGAUUCUAGUAAGGCAAUGCCACGUAUUAUAGAAUUAGCCGAAUUUGGACAAUUGCCGCGCAAAUCUACCCACAGUGCAACAUUCUGGAGUAGUUUAGAAAUAGUAGCCAUUGUUCUGGUGGCAUUUUGCGGCAUAGGAGCAGCCCUCACAGCACUGUGUUUUAUGUGUAUGCGACAGAAAACGUGGUCUUUGGUCACAACAAGAAUUUCCAUCAUCCGAAACUGGUUUAACAUAUACUAUAGCACGUGCUGGUCUAGAUUCAUGUCGUAGACGCCAUCAUCAAACACAAACAGUAACACAAGAUCCACAUCUUCAACAACUACAAAGACAAAGUCAACAAUCAUUGUGUUCUUCUGGCAAGACACAAUCGACAGCGGUGGCAACACAAAAACUAUCUCAAGACUGGUCAGCUGCCAAGCUGCAAUCACCACAACAUCAUCAAACGCAACCUCUCAGUCAGUCUCAUUCAUCAUUAUCAAAACAGCAUUCUUCAUCAUCUCACUAUCAUCAUCAACAUGCUCAUCAUCAUCAUUCCCAUAAUAAUACUAAUCAACAAACACAACAAGCUCAAAAUAACACACAACAUCAAUAUGUUCCUCAAAUACAACAUCAGCAUCAACAUCAUCAUCAGCAUUUAAAUAACGACUGUUUAGAUUAUAUUGAGAUUUUUCCAUAUUUACGUGAACCAGUUGUUGAAAAUACCACACUACCAGAGUAUAUAUUUUGUAAUCAAACACACUCAAACAAAAUAGUGUCGCCACAAAGUAGCAAAAGCAGCAACAAUAACAAAAAUAACAACACCAGCAUCAACAACAUCA